AUGGAAGAAGUAAGGUCGGCGAUGGAGCAGCAAAUGGAUGUGAUGGCGGAUCUGGUCCAGAAGCUCUCUGGUGAGCUCCGAACCGGACUACAACCUGCCUACGAGAAUUUCAUCGGAUUUUUCCACGCCAUUGAUUGGAAGGAACCUUGGAUAAUGGGAUUAAUGGCGUUUCAUGCUCUGUUUCUGCUUGUUACUCUUCUUUCUAGAAGGCGUCUCAACUUCCACAUGUUCCUCUUCUUAUUCGCAUUGGGUGGGGUAUACUUUGCAGAGAGCCUCAACCGACUCUUGAGAAAAAACUGGAAGAGCUUCUCAACUCAAAACUACUUUGAUCCGCACGGAGUCUUUGUCUCGGUUAUUUGGUCAGGGCCACUUCUGGUCAUUGCAAUGAUAAUCCUGAUAAACGCACUUUUUUCGCUUUGCUACUUAAUAGUAAAAUGGAAGAGAACUGAGCUCAGGCAUCGUGCAAGGCUUGCUCGUUCCAAGCAGGAAUAG